GAGUUUAGGAUUGGAAUAAACAAUUGCUGCACCCUAUACGGUUUCCGUUUCAAUAGUAACGCUGAACAUCCCAAGAGAGAGGUUUCUUUCCCGAGGUGUCAAAAAUGGGUAUAGACAUUAAUCAUAAACACGAUCGCAAAGUCCGGCGUACGGAGCCCAAGUCACAGGAUGUCUACCUGCGACUCCUCGUCAAGCUAUACCGGUUCCUGGCUCGUCGUACAAAUAGCAAAUUUAACAAGAUCAUUCUGAAACGUCUCUUUAUGAGUAAAAUCAACCGCCCACCAAUUUCUUUGGCACGUGUUGUCAGAUUUAUGAAGAAACCUGGACGUGAGAAUAGUAUCGCAGUCAUUGUAGGUACAGUGACAGAUGAUGCUAGAAUCUUUGAAGUUCCCAAAUUGACGGUAUGCGCUCUGCGUAUCACUGAGAAGGCCAGAGGUCGCAUCCUAAAGGCAGGUGGUGAGAUUAUCACUUUCGACCAAUUGGCUCUGCGUGCUCCUACUGGAAAACGCACUGUUUUGAUGCAAGGGCGUCGUAACGCUCGUGAGGCUGUCAAACACUUUGGACCAGCUCCAGGUGUUCCACAUUCUCAUACAAAACCCCUUGUGCGAUCAAAGGGUCGUAAGUUCGAAAGGGCCAGAGGUCGCAGGCGUAGCUGCGGCUACAAGAAGUAAAGAACUUCUAUCUACCAUCAUUUAUUGUACCAUUGAUUGUAUAAUGGAAAAUAAAUUAUGGUAUCUUUACAAAAAUUAA